AUGGAAAAUGGAUCUUUAGCUGAAAAUCUUUCAUCUAAAACUAACACACUUGAUUGGAGUAAAAGGUAUGAUAUUGCUUUAGGAACAGCUAGAGUUCUUGCUUAUCUACAUGAAGAAUGUAUGGAGUGGAUUUUGCAUUGUGAUAUAAAGCCUCAAAAUAUACUUCUUGAUUCUAACUUUCAACCCAAGUUAGCAGAUUUUGGAUUGUCUAAGCUGAAAAGCAGAAACAAUCUUAAUAAUAAUUCAGAAUUCUCAAUGAUUAGAGGAACAAGAGGAUAUAUGGCCCCUGAAUGGAUUUCCAAUUUACCAAUAACAUCUAAAGUGGAUGUUUAUAGUUAUGGGGUUGUAUACAUAGACACCUCUAAGUUCCCUUUUCUCUUUAUCUUUGUGUUUAUUUCUCUCUGA